AUGUCGCCAUCACCAAUGUCUAGCAAGGAGGCCCAUGAGCUUGUAGCAGUCGUGGGCAUGGGAUGUCGAUGGCCCGGCGGUGUGAACUCCCCGCGACAGAUGUGGUCUUUCUUGAGGGAGCAGCGCUCUGGCUUCUGUUCCUUUAACUCUAUGUCCACGCCUCGAUGCUUUUCAGCUGAAGGGUUUUACCAUAUGGAUUCGGGACGACCCGGUACGAUGGCUACAGAAGGUGCGUUCCUUAUUGACGGGGAUCCGCGUCUGUUCGACCACGCCUUCUUCAGCAUCACGGGGCGUGAGGCCGAAACCCUUGACCCGUCGCAGCGAAAGCUGCUCGAGGUUGUGUACGAGGCAUUUGAGAAUGCAGGCGAGACGUGGGCUUCCGUCGCUGGGUCAAACACUGGUGUUUUUGUUGGAAACUUCGCGCUCGACCAUUGGAUAAUCCAGGCGCGUGAUUGGGAAUAUGCGAAGCCGCAUUCAACAACGGGCGCAAGCCCAAGCAUAUUGGCAAAUCGAAUCAGCCAUGUUUUUGAUCUCCGGGGACCGAGUGUUGCGGUAGACACAGCUUGUUCGUCGUCCAUGUACGCCGUGCACUUAGCUGUUAGUGCGAUCCGCAACGGAGACUGUGACUCGGCUAUUGUUGCCGCGUCUAACUGGAUAGCGGAUCCUAGCCUACAGAUCGCACUCGACAAACUCGGUGCUCUCUCGCCUACCUCAAGGUGUCACACAUUCGAUGCGUCUGCCGACGGUUAUGCACGCGGUGAAGGGUUCGCCGCUCUCUAUCUCAAACAACUACCGGUAGCGCUUGCUAGUGAAUCACCUAUCCGCGCGGUAAUUCGGGGCACCGCCGUCAACGCAAACGGUCGCGCUGGCGGCAUCACACGGCCAAGCGCUGGUGGCCAGGAAGCUGUCAUCCGUAAAGCAUACGCCAAUGCCGGGGUCCCUUUUUCGGAAACCACGUAUUUUGAAUGUCACGGCACAGGCACCCCAGCAGGUGACCCGAUCUAUCCAGACGCAGAUAGCCCCGACCCUCUCUUUAUUGGGUCUAUUAAGACCAAUAUGGGCCACGCUGGAGGGGCGAGUGCGCUUGCGGCCAUCAUGAAAGUCGUGUUGUCCAUGGAGGCAGGCGAGAUACCCCCAAGUAUUGGUAUCGAGGUAUUACACCCAAGCAUAGAUCUCACCGGCGCUGGCGUGGAAGUAGUCAGACAGGUGAUAGCCUGGCCUAAACAUAGGCUCCGGAGAGCUAGCAUCAACAGUUUUGGGUUUGGGGGUGCCAACGGACACGCGAUACUGGAGUCGUACGACGCACAAACCUAUCCCAAUUCUGAACCCAAUAGUGGCAGUCGCAAUCACGAUGCUGAAGUCAUCAACCACUCCCAGCCCUAUAAUGGAUACAGGAUUCUCAAUGGCAAUGAGAAUGAGGCACAGGAUCAAGACGUGGUUCAUCGUCCCAUCAUUAAUGUCCCGAGCAUGAUAAGAGCCACUGAUGCGACCACUCGCGAAUUCGUGCUGCUCCCUUUUUCAGCGCAUAGCGAAUCAUCUCUCUGGCUUAAUAUUGAAGCGCUUUCCCGAGACAUCUCCCAAUAUUCACUCGCAAACGUAGUGUACACUCUCGCUGCCAAACGGCCCGUCCUGCCAUAUAGGAUAUGUCGUGUCGUAGAUAGGGGCAAUCCCCAGCUAGAUUUACUUAACGUGGCCUUUGUGUUUACCGGACAAGGCGCCCAAUGGCACGGAAUGGGUGUACAGCUCUUCGAGUACCGUGUAUUCCGCGUCGCUAUUGAGUACCUUGACGAUAUCAUAAAGUCACUGCCUAUGCCUCCACCCACGUGGUCUAUCACAAGUGUUCUGAAGUGCGACUACGACUCAGAUCUCAUCCAUACACCAUUGAUAUCCCAAACCGUGUGCACUGCAAUCCAGAUUGGCCUUGUUGACCUACUCGCCUCGUGGGGCAUAUGCCCUACCGCCGUGGCCGGCCACUCGUCAGGCGAGAUAGCUGCAGUAUAUGCAUCUGGGCGUAUAACAGCCGCGGACGCCAUUAUUGCCGCGUACUUACGCGGCCGUGCCGUUGCGCACAACAAUCGGAGUGGCGCAAUGUUAGCAGUCGGUCUUGGGCCGGAUCAGCUUCAGAAAUUGGAAUACCUAAAUGACGAAGACUUGAACAAUGGUCAGAUGAGAAUUGCAGCUAUCAACUCUCCCGGGAGUGUCACAAUCUCGGGAGAUGCUAUGGCAAUAGAAGCACUUGCUAAACGUUUGGCUGUCGAUGGGGUCUUCCACCGCUUGUUGAGAACAGGGGGCAUAGCUUAUCACUCGCAUCACAUGGUUGAUCUCGGUCAGGAGUAUGAAGAUUCUCUUUCCUCCUGUUAUCUACAUGUCAGACAGUCAGGAAUGGUUGAUGAGAAGCAAAAGUAUCUUUGUGUGCCAUGGGUAUCGUCUGUUACCCCUGACAAAGAUCCACCGUCAACCAUAGCUGGUAGUGCAGCUUACUGGAGGGCCAACCUCGAGUCCCCAGUCCGCUUUUCCGACGCCAUCUUGAGUUUGCUCCAUUUGGAGGGAGAUCAUGGCCCCAUCAAUCUGCUCGUUGAAAUUGGCCCGCAUUCGGCGUUGAAAGGGCCACUAGAGCAGGUAAUCAAAAGUGUACACCCACGCGAGAUCAUGUAUGCCGGUUCGACUUUAAGGAGAGGUGAAGACGCAUGCAAAUCGAUGUUGCAGCUCGCUGGGGCGCUGUAUUGUAUGAAUGCUAAAGUUAACCUGGUUACCGUUAACGCAGUCGACUUUCAAAAUAGUGGUAUGGAUCAAGACAAGUCUAACCACCAGGGUGCUCUCGUGCAUGGGCAUAUCGUUGUUGAUCUCCCGCCAUACCAAUAUACGUACGGACCUGUCAACUACUAUGAGUGCCGUGCAAGCAAAGAAUUUCGUCUCCGAAAAGCUCCAAGGCACGUCUUACUAGGUUCCAAGAUUCCAGGUGUUGCAAAACUAAGGCCUCAGUGGCGAAAUGUGCUGCGUGUAAAGGACUUGCCGUGGCUAGGUGAUCAUCGACUGUUUCCGGAUGUGGUAUUCCCUGCUGCAGGAUAUAUCGCCCUGGCUAUUGAAGCCGUCCUGCGUAUUUACGAAGAGUCGCCCGAACCACGCCCCAAGACAACUGGCUACACUCUUCGUAACGUGUCUAUCAAGACGGCCCUAAGACUACCAGAAGAUGAUCAUGGCAUUGAAAUUAUUUUAAGCUUGGAUGUACCUGACGAUGUGCCUAUGGCACCGCCCUCGUGGGCAAGUUUCUCAAUCAGCUCGGUCGGACAAUCCGGUGUUGAUUCUACCGAGAGCAUGUGGACUGAGCAUUGUACGGGAAUAGUCAAAAUCGAACUGGGGACUGUACAUGAUAAGAUUGAGAAGAUCGAGACGACAUCAAUGGAUGGCCGCAUAGCUGAUGUACGAUCGUGGUAUAAAGCCUUCAACACGAUUGGACUUGGUUACGGUCCAACAUUUCGGACUUUGAUAGCGCUGGAUUCUACUGCAGGUAAGAUCCAGGGAGGCGACUCGCGGUAUGCACUUCACCCGACAGCCCUUGAUGGCGCUCUUCAGCUCGGGCUCAUUGCCUGCUACGGCGGCUCCGUUGAAGCUACCACAACCGCUUUCGUACCAGUUAAUUUCUCUCGAAUAUAUAUAAAAAAUGUUAUUCACAACGGAGACCGAAAUAGUGCUAUGGUUGCCGCACAGGGUGAGCUCCGUGGUCUCAGGGGUGCAUACAUAAAUCAGUUGCAGAUGCUGGACGGAAACGAUGAGGUGAUUCUAAACAUCGAGAGGCUCCGGUGCGUUAGCUACAUUAGCGAAGCACACUUCAGGAAUCAAAGGAUUUGUUCAGCAUUUCGAGCUCCUUUUGCUCGAACGGUAUGGAAACCCGAUUUUCGCACCCUUAACUACCAGUCGUGUCGUGCGCUGUUCCCACCGCCCGAUGAAAACAUACAACGCCUCAAUACCAUAAAGAAAUUGGACAGGUUGGCUUGUGCUAUACUCGUGGACGCUCCCCUAGCCCAAGAGAUCUCGGGGGACAUAGGCCAUUUUACUGCCUGGAUCAAGCGGAGCGUGGAGGAAACUACAAACCAUCUGAUGGUCGAUGCCAAACAGUUAGAACCCCAAGACCGACACAAAGCAAUUAGCCGGCUACAUAGCGAAACUAAGGAGAUCGCUGAGUCCCGAAUAGCUAAAUGUCUAUACGAUGACAUGGAUGAUAUUCUCUCCAAGCGUCACACUGGCGUUGAUAUCAUGAUCCAUGGUGAUGACGGGACCAACCUCCUGAUGGAAUUAUACCAGCGCGGUCUCUUCAUGACAAGCGCUUACCCGCAACUCUGGCGAGUCUUAGAUGGAUUAACCCAUGCGAAUCCACACAUGCGCAUUCUCGAGAUUGGUGCUGGUACCGGUGGUGCCACGCGAGUCGCCAUGAAUGCGCUCACAAGCCUAAAUGGUAUUAAGCGAUAUCGCGAGUACGUCUUCACUGACAUCUCACCAGGAUUCCUAGCUGCGGCGAAGUCAUCCAUGGCCAACUUUCGCGACAUCAGUUACUCUAUGCUCGAUAUUGAGGCUGACCCAGCAACGCAGGGCUAUCAGCCCCUGUACGAUAUUGUAUUAGCCUCACAAGCAUUACAUGCAACAACUAGCAUCUUGCAGACGCUCAAGAAUUGCCGCAAACUCCUUAGACCAGAAGGUAAGCUUGUGUUAGUUGAAAAUACCACCGAGGACAGCCCAAUAGUUGGCCUUAUUCUAGGUACAUUAACUGGGUAUUGGCAUGGGAUACCCGACGGCAGGGUCAACAGUCCAUUCAUGAGUUUGGAGGCAUGGGAUAGAGUGCUGAAAGAGGCAGGGUUUUCCGGCGCUGAACUGGUCUUAGAUGACUAUCCUAGGCCGGAUAAUGUAACCACAACGCUGGUCUCAACCCUGCUGGAAAUUGAAUCCAUGUGGCGAAAUGAAAACGUAAGCAAAGCUCUGGGAAGUGUUGAGGCUCAUCUUCUCCAUAGCCCGGAACACAGUCCUCUUAUUUUAGGCCAACUCUGCCAGGAGCUAGAACGGCGUGGUAUAAACCCUCUACCUGCACCACUCGACCGAGCUAUGAGUGUGGUAUCUCCAGAUGCCUGCGUAGUAGUCUUCUUGGUCGGUAAAGAGGACUUCCUAGUCGACAUAGAAGGACGCUACCUAGCCACUUUUCAGCACCUAGCACGCACAGCAGCGACCUUGGUAUGCCUAACAUUCUGUGGCCUGAUGAAGGGACUCAACCCUGAAGGGGCACUGAUCCCUGGACUGAUGCGGACUAUUGGAACAGAGAACCCCGGGGGUCGGUUCGUCUCGAUUGAUGUUUCUGAUGAAGAUUCGGAUGCUUCCACCUACGACUCUGCAGGUCUCGUCCGUUGCAUAGCGGAUCAACUUUUCUUACAGAAUGAUGAACCUUACGAUCGUGAAGAUGAAGAGAGGAACUAUAACCCUGAAAUAAAAGACCAUGAAUACGUCUGGCAAGAUGGGUGCCUCUGGGUGAGCCGUGCGAUGCCCGACGAUACCAUUCAAUCGUUUUCUGAAGCGACUUCAGGCAAGAAUCACGAACGAGCUGAAGGCUACUCUCUUCAGCCACUUGAAGCCCAAGGUCCUGUCCGUGCAGCAUUUUCUACGCCCGGCAUAUUGAGCUCUUUGUAUUUUCGGCCGUACUCAGAGUUACUAGCCCUAAUACCAUCUGAUUAUAUCGAAGUGAAAGUCACGGCAGUGGGUGUUAACUGGAAAGACCUGGCCGUCUCAUCCGGCCGCUUUGAUGCGGACAACCUGUCAUCCGAAUAUUCAGGCAUUGUGACAGCCGUGGGCGCCGACGCGGCUAGCUUGUUCUGUGCUGGUGACCGCGUGUACGGUAUGGGUGGCGGUCAUUUCGGGAAUUACACUCGUGUCCCUGCCGCGUUCGCGCAGAAACUUGAUACCAAAUAUGAUCUCGUCGAAGUUGCAACGAUGCCUUUAGUGUACAUGACAGCUGUAUACGCAUUCGACUAUGUCGCUCGCUUGAGACGAGGCCAUAGAGUCCUCAUCCAAUCUGCCACUGGAGGACUAGGGCUCGCAGCUAUCCAACUCGCUCGAGCUAAGGGUGCUGAGGUCUUUGCUAUGGUUGGUACAGCCGAGAAGGCCGAGUUCCUGGUCCGAGAGAUGAAGCUACCGGAAUCGCACGUCAUUGCUGUGUCAUCUGGCGACGGUGUAUCCGCCCUUGACAGAACACUCACUCGUAUGACGCCUGACAGUCGCGGCUUUGAUGUUAUACUCGGUACGGCUCGAGGAGACGUAUUGGACGCAUCCAUCCAGGCGUUAGCACCGUUGGGUCAUUUUGUUGACGUGGGGCGUACCGAUGUGCAGGACUCCCAGGCUCUAGCAAUGGGUUCCUUCGAAAAAUGUGCCAGUUUCUCUUCCUUCGAUCUAUCCCUUGUUCUCAAGGCCAACCAGGAGCUUGGGAGGGAGCUAAUGCAAACCGUCCAUAGCUAUUCCCGCGAUGGACUGAUCGGACCAGUACAUCCUUUCACUGCCACUGACGUAUCUAAGCUUGAUCAGGUCCUACUUAAAUUCUCCAAGGGCACACAUGUUGGUAAGCUGGUGGUCACAUUCCAAGACCCACAGACGCUAGUAAGAAUGCCCUCUUCGCCAUCACAGCCGCAGUUCCGGUUCGACUCUGUGGCCUGUUAUAUUGUGGUUGGAGGACUCGGUGGGCUCGGAAGGUCUAUUUUGCGUUGGAUGUGCGAGCGCGGGGCCCGCAACCUGGUGAUUCUAUCUCGACGCAGCAUCAAGGCGAGCUCCUCUGCAGCACAAAGCCUCGUGAGUAGGCUCACUGGGCGUGGUGUCAACAUUCGGCCUGUAGAAUGCGACGUUAGCAAUCGAUCUCAAGUCACUCGUCUCAUCCAGAACAUAGCUUCAAACUCUUCAACCGUUCAGAUCAGGGGUAUUAUUCACGCAGCCGUUUCAUACCUCGACAUUUCCUUCAAUAAACUGACGGUCUCGCGAUGGCGCAACAGCUUGUCUGCAAAAGUCCAGGGAACACAGAACCUACAUGAGGCGACUGUGUCCCUCAACAUACCACUGGAUUUCUUCGUCAUGAUUACCUCGCUGGAGUCGAUCUAUGCAUUGGCUACACAAAGCGGCUAUACUGCCGCUAACGCAUUCCAGGACGCAUUUGCAAGGUACCGUCGACGACUUGGACUGCCUGCCACAAGUAUAUCUUUUGGAUUCAUCAAGGGUAUUGGAGAUGUAGGCCAAGACCCAAUUACAGUAGAUAUGUUCGCACGGAAUAGGGCGCUGGCGCUCUCUGAGAGUGAAUUUCUUGGGCGGUUGGAAGCGGCUUUUCUUAACGACGCGCGAGAUAAUAAGAGGCUUGACGACAAUGGCAGUGAUGGCGACGCCUUCGCUAGCCGAGUCGGGGAUCCGCUUUCCAGUUCUAACAUACUUACUUGUCUGGACCCUGGUGCCAUGGCAGCCAUGGAGCACGACGAGGCCGAAACGGAGGCCGGGUCACUGCAUCAUCCUUCAAGUGCCGUUCCUCGGUGGUACAGCGAUGCGCGCGUCUCCCAUAUCAUGCGAGCUUUCGAAGACGCGCGGAGAGAACAGCGCACGGGCAACUCUUCAGCAACCGCGCAAAAAGGCGACGACAACAGCAAUAGAUCAUCAGUCUGGCGCGUUCGCGCGAAGUUCGAAGCAGCCACUGCUGCAGGAUCUUUGGAAGAACGAUCCAGGAUUGUUGACUCCGUUACAGACGCCAUCUCGGCAGCUAUUGCCGAGCUGCUCUUCGUAGACAUCGCGAAUGUCAACUCGGCAAAGACGGUGGCUGACCAUGGCGUUGAUAGCCUGAUUGCGGCUGAACUACGUAAUUGGUUGUACCAGGCAUUGGGAGCGAACAUCAACAUGCAAGAGUUGCUGGAUACUAGAACAAGCAUUGAGUCGCUGGCGGGUCUGAUAGUCGAUACGGCUCUGGCUGGGAGGUUGAAUGUGAAGGGUGGGAAAAGGGGGGAUGAAGAAACGCCAGCACCUCAAUUUUAG